AGCAGGAGUUUCCUGUGUGAGGGAGGCUGGUGAGCUCGGUCUGUUCUGGUGGCUGAGCCCAAGCGUGCCGAGGUACCGCGAACUGCAACUCUGAGACCUGGCUAAACUCUGAGAUUUGCAGGAGCACUCAUUUCGGGUGGACCCAGCGAGGGCGCUGAGAGGAAUCGGCCGUGGGGCUCGCUGUGGACCACAUUUCCCAGAGGGCCCGGCGGCCCGUCCUUUUUCUCGCGGGAACUCGAACUUUUCAUCACGCCUGGCGGGAGCGUUAGAUCCUUGAGGUGAGAUCGUGGGCCCCUGGGGGAACUGGUUCAGCUCUGCAAGUUCGGACCCCCGGGGACAUGAAAGGCCUAAGUUGAGGAGACCGGAGGCCGAUAUGGAGCUCGUUCUGUCCUUCUCCAGGUGAGGCACAGAAGAGAAGGAAACAAUGCAUGCUGAACUUCUACAAGCAGUUUUCAGGGGGUCAGUGAUGUUCAGGGAUGUGUCUAUAAACUUCUCUCAGGAGGAAUGGGAGUGCCUGGACUCUGGUCAGAUGAAUUUAUACAAAGAAGUGAUGUUGGAGAAUUUCAGUAACCUGGUUUCAGUGGGACUUUCCAGUUCUAAGCCAACUGUGAUCUCCUUAUUGGAACAAGGAAAAGAGCCCUGGAUGGUUGACAGAGAGCUGACGAGAGGCCUUUGUUCAGAUCUGGAAUCCAUGUGUGAGACCAAGUUACUCUCUCUAAAGAAGAGACAUUUUAGUCAAGUGAUGUUUACCCAUGAAGACAUACCCACUUUUAUUCAGCCCACGUUUCUUAUUCCACAUCAAAAAACUAUUAAUGAAGAGAAGCCCUGUGAAUGUAAAAUAUGUGGAAAGGCCUUUAAUCAAAACUCACACUUUGUUCAACAUCAGAGACUUCAUUCUACUGAAAAAAACUACGAAUGUAAGGAGUGUGGGAAAUCCUUUAGUCGUGGCUCACUUGUUGCUCGACAUCAGAGGAUUCACACUGGUGAAAAACCCUAUGAGUGUAAAGAAUGUGGCAAGGCUUUUAGUUGUAGUUCAUAUUUUUCUCAACAUCAGAGGAUUCACACUGGUGAGAAACCCUAUGAAUGUAAGGAAUGUGGAAAAGCCUUUAAUUAUUGCUCAAACCUUCAUGAUCAUCAGAGAAUUCACACUGGUGAAAAACCCUAUGAAUGUAAAGUAUGUGGAAAAGCCUUUACUAAGAGUUCACAACUUUUUCCACAUCUGAGAAUUCAUACCGGUGAGAAACCAUAUGAAUGUAAGGAAUGUGGGAAAGCCUUUACUCAACAUUCAAGGCUUAUUCAACACCACAGGAUGCAUACUGGUGAGAAACCUUAUAAGUGUAAGGAAUGUGAGAAGGCCUUUAGUAGCGCCUCAACACUUACUAACCAUCACAGAAUUCAUGCCGGCAAGAAACUCUAUGAAUGUAAAGAAUGUGGAAAGGCCUUUAUUCAGAGCUCAGAACUUAUUCAACAUCAGAGAAUUCAUACAGAUGAAAAACCAUAUGAAUGUAAUGAAUGUGGAAAGGCGUUUAAUAAAGGCUCAAACCUUACUCGACAUCAAAGAAUUCACACUGGUGAGAAACCUUAUGACUGCAAGGAAUGUGGAAAGGCCUUUGGUAGUCGCUCUGACCUCAUCCGCCAUGAAGGAAUUCAUAUUGGAUAAAUGAUAGGCCCUUAUGACUGUAAGGAGUGUGGAAAGGCCUUUGGUAGUCUCUGUGACCUCAUCCACCAUGAAGGAAUUCAUAAUGGAUAAAUGAUAGGCCCUUUUGAUAACCUUUAUAAUAAUAUUUUUUAAAACAGGUAAUGCAAAAAAUAAACAAAAAAUCCCAGAUAAUGCAUGAUCAAAGUUCCUCUCUGUAGUAGUUUUCUAGGGCUACUAUAACAAAGUACCAAGUACCACAAAACUAGGUGGCUUAAAACAACAGAAACUUAUUCUCUCAGUUUUUGAGCCUUGAAACCCACAAUCAAAGUUGUUGGCAAGGUUGGUUCCUUCUGGGGCUCCAAGGAAGAAUCUGUUCCAUGCCCUUCUCCUAGCUUCUUACAACAGCAAUUUUUGACAUACCUUGGCUUGUAGACGCAUUGCUCCAACCUCUGCCUCCAUCUCCACACUGUGUUCUCUCUGUGUCUCUUCUCUCACAUGGACACUGGUCAUAUUGCAUUAGGGCUCAUCCUAAGGACCUCAUCUUAACUUGAUUAUAUGUGCAAAGACCUUAUUUCCAUGUAAGAUCACAUUCACAGAUACCAGGUGUUAGGACCUCAGCAUAUUUCAACCCAUUACACUCUGUUAACACUAUUUUUUCUAAUGUAUUUGUAAUUUUAUACAUAAAGUUAAUCAAAUGUAUUUUAAAAUGUGAAUUCAAGGUCUAAAUUGAACUCCCUUUACCCCAAGAAAAGAUUCUAUCCCAAAACUACUUAUUCCAUAAUUCCUUCGCAAUUAUUCUCUGUUUUGGUUAUGUAGUUUGUAUUAACUUAUGUUUUAGGGCCGUCUUUUCUAUAUCUGUGGCCUACAGAAUUACUGCACUGUAAAUUGUGUUACAUAGGCUAUCUUUGAAUUCAUGGUGGAAUUAUAACUUUGUUUUUGAAGGCAGCUGUAUUCUUUUUUCCUUUUGUAAAAUUAAUAUUUUCUUAUCGUAAAAAAGAAAAAGAGGACACAAAGAAAAAAAUAAAGAUUAUUUUUAAGCCUACCAAACGAGAUGACUACUUAAAAUUAUCACAACAUAUCCUUCCAGGCUUUAUUUAGUGUAAUUGUGACAUGCAUGCUGUACCAUAACCUGCUUUUAUCAUGCUACUAUUUCAGCAAGUAUAGAUGUUUAUGUAUCAUUCCUUUUAAUGGUAUCAUAAUCUUUUCUGUGGUUGACUAUCAUUUUGCUAAAUAACUACCGAUAAACAUUUUGGUGCCAAUCUACUUGAGGGGUUCUCAAAGUAUUGCCUUUAGAUCUACAUAUUUUCUUUUACUCUGGUGAUAUCCCAAGGACUGAGCUAGGGGAGAGGCAAUAGACCAGGCCAGAGUGCCAUCUUGUCAGAAAAUAAAAACAUUUGCAAGGCCAUGUAUUUCAAAACACUCUUCCCCCCUUUAUUUUGUUUUUCAAAUUACAAAAGUAAUAUAUGUUUGUAACAAGUAAAACAAUACAAAGAUAUAUAAAUUAAACAACUACUUACAUUUCCAUUCCCCACCAGGGAAACCAAUGUUAAUGCCUUGUUUUAUAUCCCUCCACACUUUUCUCUUGGUUCAUAUAAACACACACAUGCAUAAAUACACAUAUACGUGUUUUAAUUAAAAAAAUAGAUUCAUAUACAUUAUUCUGAAAUUUUCUCUUUUCACUUAACAAUAUACCACAAAUAUCUCCACAAAUUAGUAGAGUUCUAGCUUCCCCCUCAAAUUUCUUAAUCACAUAUUUGACAUAUCAUACUUGGUUCAGUUAUUUACAUAAUUUUCCUUUGGGGCUUUCAUUUUCCUUCUCUGACUACCCCAUUAUCCACCUGCAUCACCCACCUUCCCCGAACCCAAUGUAUACUCUUCUAUACUUUUCUCCAUGCAUAUAAAAUCUUACACAAACAUAUAUGAUACAUGUUUAUUACUCAUAAGCACCUAGAAGCAUUUUGUAACUGAUUUACAAAAACAGAGUCAUUUUACACACUUCUACCUUGCUUUUUUCUCUCAAGAAAACAUUGUGGAAUUCCAUUCAAGUCCACUAGCAUAGUUUUAACUUGUCCACCUUAAUGGCUAUAUAAACAUCCUAUGGAAUGGAUAUAAUAGUUCCUUCCCUCUUCCAAUUUCCCUGCGAUGGGCAUUUAUUUUGAUCCUAGUGUUUUUUGCCACUAGGAACAAUUCACAAUAAAUGUACAUGUCCCUUAUGUAUUGGGGUUUUACUUCUAAGAGAAGAUUCCCCAAAUUGGCAUAAGUAUUUUAAGUUAUAAUAGAUGUCAGAUUGCUUUUCAAAAGAGCUGUAACAAUUUAUGUUUCUACCAGCAGUGUCUUAAGAACACCCUUUGUCCUGACAGCAAAAAGCAUUCCUGCUCUUUUUUUGUCAGGUUGAUUGCAUACUGUUAUCUCAUUAUAACUUUAAUCUGCAUUCUCCAACAACUACUGAGGCUAACCAUUUUUUUGAUAAGCCCAUCAGCCACUUGGAUUUGCUCUCCUCUCAACUGUCUAUUCAUUCUUUGCCAUGUUUUGCUAUUGGGUUAUUUUUUUCCUGUCAAUACGAAGACCACUCUUUCUCUGACUGGCUCUGCAAAUAUUUUCCCCAAAAUCGUUGUUUAUUGACUGUUGAUGGUAUCUUUUGCCAUGCAAAAGAUUGCACUUUUUAUGUAGUCAAAUAUUUAUUUUUUAACAGCUUUUGAGUGUCCUGGGUUGGUAAAGUUAAUCUCCCCCAAUUCCUAGAUUGUACAUGUAGUCUCCUUUCAUUUUCUUUCAAGAAUUUUAUUGUUAUUUUAAAAUUUUAAAUCUUAAGUCCGCCUCCAAUUUUUUCUUUUUUUGUAUGGUUUGUGCUGUUGGUUCAACUUUACUUUCUUCCUGAUUAAAAAGCCAGUUGUACUAGAAAAGGUGGAGAAAAUGUGCUGGUUUAAUAUGUUAAAGCUUUUUAAAAAAACAGUUGGCCAUAUUAUUAUUAUUAUUAUUGUUUUUUGUAUUGUUAGGUACCAAAAGACAAUGAGUGAAAAAGUUUGGUGAACGGCAUUCUACAUAUGUGCUUGAUAUUCAUAAUUUUUUAAAUUCACAUUUAUAAUUCUAAAAUAUAAAUAGUGCUUAUUAUGUGGAUCACUGUGGGACAUACCAUAAUAUAC